UUAUUUAGCAGUUGUGUGAAUUAAAAGUGGUACAAAUUUGGGGAAAAAAAGAUUCUACUGUAAUCUGCAGAAUAAUAAUGUAGUAUUAAAGGAGCGAAAGAACAAGAGGCUGAUGUGGACUGAUGUGAAACAGCCAAAAAAACCUUUACAUCUCUCCCUGUCGUGUUACAGUGCAGAUUCUACACAGUAUUCAUUGAUACAGCAGGUAUCACAACUGUCACCCGGACCCUGAAACGGCAAAUCAUGACAGGGUCCAACAGCUGUUCAAGCCGUGUCUAUGUACCUCCCCGCCUGAAGAUGGCGCUCUGCUGAGGGCCGCGUUGCCCGCUAUUGGAGAGACCAUAGAAGUAAGAUGACGCAUACGGUGGCCGCUGUCGCGUCACCCAUACAUAACAAACCUUUCUGCUUAGCAAUCUACCAUCGGCGAUAGUUCAAUAGUCUCAUCCGCUGCGUUGUGAGCAGGUCCGAGCGCUUUCUUUACGGAUGCAACUGCUGCGUCCCUUGACUUUUGAGGCUGGGCAAGAACCAGGAGAACCGGUACGUUCUCCACCAACAUGUCUUACCCAUAUAGAGGCUCUUCAAAGGACUUAAAAUCUCCACCAGGCCCCUUUCCUUCUUCUGAACCUACACAUCUGGGAGAGCAUGAUGCUUAUAGAACUUCUCAAGAGUCUUCUACUCGCACAGUGUCCGCUUUCUCAUCCUCAAGAAGUGCCCUGGAGUCUUACUGCUCCCAGAGAUCCUCGACUGUUGAAAACGCUUUGACCCUUCUGGCCAGCUGUGGGCUGGAUCCUGAAGACCUCUCUCUGCUUGCUGGGAUGCCUGACAACCUGAUCACCGUGGAGACACUCCCACAUUUGCUCAUGGAGAUAAAGGAGAAAAAGACAGGGAGCCAAUCUGCACAGUCUGUGUUGUCCAACGCACCCCCAAAGGAUACAUGUCAGGGCAGAACUGAUUUUUGCCCUGAUGCAAACCCUCCACUUAGGCCAUUAUACCCACCAUCAGGAGAACAGACUGAGAACUGGCAGGAUCGAUGCCCCCCACCCAGUCAGUCUAGCCUUUUACCACAGGAACCACUUAAUUCCAAGUCUAGCUAUGUGGGGGACUAUAAUUAUAGCCAUCCUAGGGAUGAACAAGGUAGAAGCCAUGAGAGGCCAUCCAACAGCAUGAGAACUGGGAAUGGUGGGGACAGGACUUCAGAUUACCCUAGAAGAGACAGAAGUAUUAGAGCUGGGAGUGGGUGGAACACAGCCAAGUACUGCGGGAAAGAUAACGUGCCAAGAGAAGGAGGCAGUCAUCAGGAUGUAGACAGAAUUACAAGGGUGGGAAACAGUCUUGAAUGUUCAGAAGAUUAUCAGAAUGUAGACGGAGCCACGAGGGCGGGAAAUAGUCGUGAACAUUUAGUUAAAUAUCAGGAUGUAGACCGAGCCCCGAGAGCGGGAAAUAGUCGUGAACCAUUAGUCAAAUAUCAGGAUGUAGACAGAACCACGAGGUCAGGAAAUAGUCGGGAACGUUUAGUUGAUAAUCAGGAUAUUGACAGAGCUGUGAGGGCUGGAAACAGCCGUGAACGUUUAGUUCAUUAUCGGGAUGCAGACAGAGCCACGGGGGCAGGACAUGGUCAUGAACGUUUAGGUGAUUACCAUGAUGUAGACAGAGCUAUGAGAGUAGGAAACAGUCGUGAACGUUUAGUUCAUUAUCGAGAUGUAGACAGAGCUACAGCAGCUGGAAAUAGUCGUGAACAUUUAGUUAAUUAUCAGGAUGUAGACAGAGCCACGAGGGCGGGAAACCAACGUGAACGUUUAGUCGAUUAUCAGGAUGUGAACAGAGCUACGAGGCCGGGGAACAGUCGUGGACGUUUAGUCAAUUACCAGAAUGAAGACAGGGUCUCCAGAGAGGGAAAUAGUCAUGAACGUUUUGUCAAUUACCAAGAUGUAGACAGAGCUGGAAGGGUGGGAAACAGUCGUGAACGUUUAGUUGAUUACCACGUUGUAGACAGAACCUCAACAAUGGGAAAUAGUUGUGAACAUAAUUUUGAUUACCAGGAUGUAGAGAGAUCCUCAAGAGUGGGAAGUAGUCGUGAACAUUUAGUUGAUUAUAAAAGUAUAGACAGAAACAGAAGAGCUGGAAUACACCAAGAGCCAUCCACUGACCAAAGAAGCUUGGAAGGCAGCACAAGAGCUGGGUAUGUCCAGGAGUCUUCCACUGAUCACUGGGAAGUAGAAAGAGAUCGAAACUUGGCAAUGGCCUGUACAAAGAAAGUUGACAACCUCCCUAGGCAUCCCUCCAAACAAGAGGCGGACGAAUUCCACGGCGUGAUGCCCCAAGCGUUUCCUUACGCAUGCUCUCUCUGUGAUAUCGUCAUGCUCUCCGAAAGGGUUUGGACUUCACACAUAAAUGGGUCUCAGCAUGCAGACAGUCAGCUUAAGCUGCUUCAGAUGUACCCAGACUGGGACUGUCGGAGUGACUCAGCCAAAGGGGAUCAUAGACAGUUGGGGGCAAAGAGGGAGGUGGACACAACUGAAAGGAAUAGACAUGGAUCUGCUCAACCCCCAGCUGCAAGACCCAUCAGUGGUGAAAAAUGGCGGCCUGGGAAGGAUGAGGAGAGAAGUAAAGUAAUCCGUGUGAAAUUCCCACCUGAUGCUGUGGAUGAGAGCUACCUUAUGAAGCUGGUUCAACCAUUUGGGAGCGUAGUAAAUGUUUCAGUAUUCCCAACAAAGGCUUUCUUGGAGAUGAAGACUUUCCACCAGUCAGAAGACAUUGUGAAGUUCUUCACCAAGAAUCCAGCUAUGGUGCAUGGCAGCCAAGUCCAGUUUAAUCUGUCUGCCACGUAUACAUUUUCCCAGAAUUCUAGAGUCGUGUGCUUCUCCCGGCUGCCCCCUGGGAAGGAAAAGAAUGCAGAGCUGAUCGCCAUGGCGAAACGUUUUGGACAAGUGAAGCACUCAUUGUUCCUGCCAAAUCGGGUGUUUGUGGAAAUGACAAACAAAGACGACGCAGACAAGCUGGUGGGACAUUAUGCCUCCCAUCCUCUCAAGAUGAAAGGCAAAAACGUCCUUGUUUCCUACUCGACAGAGUACAGCACUCUAAAAGAGGAGAGCCCUGACACGAAUUCCGAAGGGAGUGAGACGUUAAAUUCAUACUGUAGGAGGCAGUCUCCCAGCCCGAGGAAGUCUCCCAGCCCGAGGAGGAAGUCCAGUGAGAUGGAGGAUAGCUCCAAGCCUCCAGACAUCACCACUGAGCUCCCACAUCUGUUUAAAGCAGAGACUCCAGCAGACUCAGUCAAGGAGACACCUUUGGAAAUCCAAGGCAAUGACAGUGACAUUGUGAAGUCAGAGGGUUGCCUGGAUGCUGGAAACUCACCGUCUCCAGACAGGGACCAAGAGUGUCGGGAAGGGAACUGGGAAGGACACAGUGACCUGGACAGUGACAUUGAAGGCAUGGAGGUAAUUGGUGAGGAUGAGGAGGAAGGGAUACCUGAUGAGGUUCUCCUAGAAUUGGAAGGCAAAAAUUCGGUGGAGGAAGCAGAGCCCAGAGGAGAAUGCAGGGAAGAUGUAAAGGUUGAUCCUGUGGAGGCCAAAUCCUCAGACUUCCAGCCUGGGGACAAACAGACUACCGAUGUUACAACAUUGAGCUAUGAGUCACUAGAGCUUCAAACAGAAGAUCCCAGUGAUGCAACUUCAGCAAGCGGAAUGCCGGCUCAUGUACAAAUAGCCAUUGAGGAGGAGGAGCCUGGCUUCCCUGAGAGCCUGGAACAGUGCAUUACUCUGGACGAGCUUGAGGAGGAAGAUGAAGAAGAACUUGAGGAGGAACCUGUAUCGAUGCAUGAUUCUGAAGAAGUGGCAGAAGAAACCUCCAAGGAUGACGCUGAGGAGUAUUUCAACGGGAAAGUGAUCUACAUCAAAAACCUUCCCAAAACAUACUACACCGAUUCACAGUUUGUGAAGAUUGUGAAGGGUUUCGGGACGGUGAAGCGCUACUUCCUGAUUCGUACUCGGAAAGAGGGCUUCAUCGAAAUGGAGACACACGAGGAAGCCCAGAGAGCAGUUAAGGAGCUGGUGCUGAGGCGGACGGAGAUACGUGGCUGCCCUCUGGUCUUCCAGCUGUCAAGGAAGUACCUGACACUGACAAGGGGGUGGAGUCCUGACCGUGAAGAGGAGGGGGAGAGUAGGACAGAGCAGAGGAUGAAGAGCAGAAGGGAGACGGGCUAUUCUGGCUCACCGUCUAAGUCCACGGCGAUCCAAGAGGAACUGCCCGCUAAGAGACAGUGCAUCCGGGAGGAAGAGGCAUCACCUAAGAAGCCUGUGGCCCACAAUGAACAACUGCCCCAACAGCAGCAACAACAGCCCCAAAAGCAGCACCAACAGCCCCAACAGCAGCAGCAGGAAAAGCUGAAGGAGAAGCAGCAGAGGAGCAGCAGCCAGAAGGAGGUUAAUUUAAUUACAGUGGAUUCUGAGACAAAGGCCAGCCAGCCCUCUGACUGCCUGGAUGGUGGGAGGGACAUGCAGCAGAUUCCCAGCCCUAAGAGCCCCAUAACACAGGCCAGAGACAGGCCAGAGGGGGAGGGUCACACCACAGAGGAUAAAGCGAAGGACAAGCCAGAGCCAACAGCAGAGCCUCCCGCUAACCCCUUUGUACCAUACCAGCCUCACACCCCCUUGGGCCAAGAAUUUGUGCACCCUGUUGUCUGCUACAUCUGCAGACUCUGCAAUGCCAUCUACACCAGUGAAGAUGAAGCGAAGAAUGAGCAUUGCAGCAGUCGCUCUCACUACGAGAAACUGAAGGUACACUUGGAGCGUGGCACCACCUCAGGACUCCCACUCAAUAUGGAGAAGUCGCCAAAGUAGUUUGGUCUGUCUGCUAUUGUAGUGAGGAAACCCGAAGAACCCUGCAGAACUUCAAUGCGAGCAAGAUACUGCAUCCCAGGGGAUAGAACAAAAUUGUUUUCAUAAACUUUAUUUGAGAUCUAUUGUUAAAGAACUUUUGUUUGUUUUUUCUAUUUUCUGUAAAUUUUUUGUAUUAUGGGGUACUAAGUUUUAAAAAGUUAAAAAUUUGGUAGUUCGAGAUCUGUAAUGUUCCCCAAUUCCUUAUCGUGUACAUAACUGUUAUUAUGAAGAGUACAAAAUCUCUUGCACAUGUGACUCAAUAAAUCUGUUUAUUUGGA